AUGGCACACCAGCACUUGUGCCUGCUCCUGGGUGCAGUCGUAGCCCUACUGUUUGCUGCGGCAAUAUCUCCAGUUUACUCUCAUUCCAUUCUGCCAGGGAAAAUACAAGGUGUGAGCUCAGUCCGCAGCUGUCAGGUCUGCAGCACGUGGGGAAACUAUCACUUUAAGACGUUUGAUGGAGACCUGUACCAGCUGAAGUCAGACUGUAACUACUUGCUGACGUCCUCCUGCUCCAGCUCAUACCAGGACUUCAGCGUGCAGGUGCGCAGGGGGCAAGGCACGGAUGGUCGGCCCAUCAUCACCAGGGUGCUCUUCAAUCUGGACGGGGUGUCUGUGGAGAUCACAAUCGACGACGUUCUUGUCAAUGGGGAAUCAGCUGUGUUGCCUGUGAGCCAGGCCGGAGUACACGUGGAGCGGAGCCACGCCUACAUCAAAGUCAAGGCCAAGCUGGGACUGCUCGCCCUGUGGAGCCCGGACUCUUUACUUGUAGAAGUGGAUAGCAAAUACCAGAGCCAGACGUGUGGACUCUGUGGAGACUUCAAUGGUGUUCCACUCAACGAGUUCUACAGCCAUGGAGUCAAAAUGCUGCUGGGGGAUUUUGCAAAUCUGUGGAGGAUGGAUGGACCGACGGAGAGCUGCCCUGAGACUGACCCAGACCCUACCCCUCCCAGCUGUGAUCAUAUGCGGCCUGUGUGUGAACGCCUCUUCUACUCCCCCGCCCUCACCCCGUGUCGCCCUCACCUGGACGUGGACUCCUUCCUGUCAGCCUGUGUCCAUGAUGCCUGCCUAUGCACGGCUGGCUCUUCUGAGCACACUUUGUCUGGCUGCCUCUGUAACACGCUCUCUGAGUUCUCUAGACAGUGUGCCCGAGCAGGAGGGAAUCCCGGCCACUGGAGGCACGAGAAGCUCUGCUGGAAGACCUGUCCUCUGAAGAUGGAGCACAGAGAAUGUUCCAGCCCAGUGAUGGACACCUGCUCCAACCCUGAGGCCAGCAGCACCAGUGACGAGCACUGCAUGGACGGCUGCUUCUGCCCUGACGGCACAGUGCUGGAUGACCUGACUGGAAAGGGGUGUAUCCCACUGAAAGAAUGCUCCUGCACCUACAACGGUCAGCAUUACGCCCCUGGGCAGAGCUACACCACCAAGUGCACCAAGUGUGUGUGUGAGAGUGGCCAGUGGACGUGUACAGAGAGCAACUGCCCAGGCACCUGCUCUGUGGAGGGAGGGGCCCACAUCACCACGUUUGAUGGAAAGACCUACACCUUCCAUGGAGACUGCUCCUACACCAUGGCCAAGGACUGCCAUGGGGAUCAGUUUGUAGUCCAGGCAGAGCUGAAGCAGUGUGGUCUGUCUGAGACAGAGACAUGUCUGAGGGCUGUGGUCCUGGCUCUGCAAGGAGGGGCCCACGUUCUCACCAUCAAAGCCAACGGGAAGGUGUAUGUCAACGGCAUCUAUGCCCAGCUGCCAUUCUCUACAGUGGGAGUGACAGCCUUCCAAGCCUCGUCCUUCUACAUCCUGGUGCAGACCUCCGUGGGUGUGCUUCUGGAGGUGCAGCUGCAGCCCAUCAUGCAGCUCUUCAUCACAGUGCAGAGCCAACACAAAGCUAAGCUGUGCGGUUUGUGUGGAAACUUUAACGGUAACCAGGCGGACGAUUUCCUGAAGCUGAGUGGAGUGGAGGAUGCCACGGCCACAGGCUUCGCAAACAGCUGGAAGACCUGUGCCAGCUGCAUGGACGUGAGGCCUGUGUACCAGGACCCCUGCACCCUGAGCCACGAUAAUGAGCAAUUCGCCCAGCACUGGUGCACCCAACUGAUAGACAAAGAGGGAGUGUUUGCCCCCUGCCACACAGCGGUCUGCCCUGAUCCCUACUAUCAGAGGUGCACGUACGACAGCUGUAACUGCGAACGGAGUGAGGACUGCAUGUGUGCAGCUGUGUCCUCCUAUGUCCAUGCCUGUUCAGCAGCUGGGGUCUGCAUCUCAGGUUGGAGAGACGUGCUUUGUGGGAAAUACUCCAGCUCGUGCCCUAAAGGGAUGGUGUACUCCUACAACAUCACCUCUGGUCCUGGUACAUGCCGCUGCAGGUCUUCCUCUGAGCCUGGCUGUCAUCUGUCUUUCUUGCCCGUGGAUGGCUGCGUAUGCAUCCCCGGGACUUACCUGGAUGACUCUGGGAACUGUGUCCCUCCCAAGAUGUGCCCCUGCUACUACCAGGACAUGGUAGUGCCAGCGGGACAGGUGGUGGUGAUAGAGAACGCUAUCUGCACCUGUAGAGAUGGCUCCCUCAGCUGUGUUGGACAGACUAUACCUCCAGUGAUAUGUGAUCCUCCCCUGGUCUAUUUCAACUGCUCUGAACAUGGCUUGCCCGCUAAAGGCAAAGAGUGUGAGAAGAGCUGUGCUACGCUGGACUCCGCCUGUGUAAGCUCUGGCUGCACAUCCGGCUGCAUGUGUCCAUUGGGAAUGAUCUCUGAUGACCACAAAGGCUGCAUCAAACCAGAGGCGUGUCCCUGUGUCCACAACGGGAUCUCGUACUCCCCUGGACAGACCAUCAAAUUGGACUGCAACACCUGCGUGUGUAAAAACAGAAUGUGGGAAUGCACUCAGAUGUUGUGUGACAGCACAUGUACAGUGUAUGGAGAUGGACAUUACCAAACUUUUGACCACCACCACUUCACAUUUAAUGGGAACUGCGAGUACAUCUUGGUCCAGGACUACUGCAGUAACACCGGGGGCUCCUUCAGAGUGGUGAUUGAGAACAACCCCUGUGGAACCACUGGCACCACCUGUUCCAAGACCAUCAAGAUCUUCCUUCAGGACUCCGAGCUGGUUCUAACCCAGGGCGACUACGAGCUGCAGGGAUCACAGGCUCCGUAUCACAUCUACACCAUGGGACUCUAUCUGGUCAUUGAGGUCAACAACGGACUCACCCUCAUCUGGGACCGCAAAACCAUCCUCUUUGUCAAACUCAGCCCCAUAUACAAGGGCCAUGUGUGUGGAUUGUGUGGGAACUAUGAUGGUAAUGCCAACAACGACAUGACCACUCGCUGCGGAGCCACAGUCAUCAACCCUCUGGUGUUUGGGAACAGCUGGAAGGACUCUCCAAACUGCCCUGAUGAACAUGCUAUCCCGAGCCCAUGCAUGGCCAACCCCCACCGGCUGCCCUGGGCCCACAAGCAGUGCAGCAUCCUCCACAGCCAGGUCUUCUCUGCCUGCCACGCCACUGUGGAUCCAGGUUCUUACUAUGACGCUUGCGUGUUUGACACCUGCUCCUGUGACACUGGGGGAGACUGUGAGUGUUUGUGCACAGCUGUGGCUGUGUAUGCUGAGGCCUGUAACGAGGCUGGUAUCUGUGUGGAGUGGAGAACCCCAGACUUCUGCCCGAUCUUCUGUGAUUACUACAACCCUCCAGACGAGUGUGAGUGGCACUACAAGCCCUGUGGUGCACCUUGUAUGAAAACCUGCAGGAACCCCUCUGGUCUCUGCCCCACCAACAUCCCUCCUCUAGAAGGUUGCUACCCCAGAUGCCCUCCUGCACAGCCAUACUUUGAUGAGGUUGCCAUGACCUGUGUUGCCAAGGACCAGUGCGGUUGCUACGAUCACAAAGGAACACAUUUUAACAAUAGUGACACCGUGCCAACAUCCCAAAACUGUUACGUAUGUACUUGUGAAUCCACUACCAUCCAGUGCCAUUUCGACGUCAAAGCCUGUGUGUGCCUGUAUCAUGGUGCUUUAUACGCCUUCGGCAGUGUCUUGUACAAUACCACUGAUGGCCACGGGAACUGCCUCACAGCUGUGUGUGGACAUAACGGCACCAUCGAGCGCCAUUUACACCCCUGUCCAGAGACCUCUACGACCACAAUUACUACCCCUUUCCACUUCACUACAAGCAAACAGACUGAAGAGCCAUGUGAAGAGACCUGCUCCUGGACCAACUGGAUCAACACGGAUCACCCUAUGUAUGGCCAAAAGGGAGGGGAUAACGAGAGCAUCCAGCGGCUUUUACACAUGGGAUAUGACGUCUGUAAGCACCCCGUCAAAGUGGAGUGUCGAAGUGUCCAGCAUCCAGACAAGUCACUCAGCGAACUGGGACAAUCAGUCACAUGUACCACAGAUAUUGGAUUUCUGUGCAAAAAUAGCCAGCAGUACCCGCCUAUAUGUUUGGACUAUGAAAUAAGGAUGAAGUGUUGCAAACCAGGUAGUACAACACAGCCAACCGCUUCAACAACAACAGCGGUCCCACCAACCACCACAGCCUGUACAACUACCUCACCAGCGACCGCUUGUCCUGGAGGGGACAAAAUGACCUGCUCAUGGUCAAAAUGGUUCAAUCUUGGACAUCCAUCACCAGCACCCCAUGGUGUGGAGAUUGAAUCCAUUCGGGACAUCAUUGCUGCUGGAUUCCCCAUCUGUUCAGAGCCAGUGUCAGUGGAGUGCAGAGCAGCUCUGUACCCAUCUCUGUCCAUUGCUCAGCUGGAACAAGAUAUCAUCUGUGAUAAACAUGUUGGCCUCAUAUGCAAAAAUGAUGAACAGGGACAUGGGCAGAAGUGCUUUGAUUAUGAGGUUCGUGUUAAGUGCUGCGACUGUCCAACAAUGUCAACUACCACCACAACUGCUCCAACUCCCAUCACUCUGCCCAUUACUACUGUAUGCCCUGAAGGACAAAAGAUGAAGUGUGAGUGGUCGCAAUGGUUCAACCUUGGUCACCCAACACCAGGACCCAAUGGUGAGGAGGUGGAGUCCAUUCGGGACAUCAUUGCUGCUGGAUUCCCCAUCUGUAUAGACCCAGUGUCUGUGCAGUGCAGAGCAGCUCAAUACCCAUCACUCUCCCUUUCUCAGGUGGGACAGGAUGUGAUCUGUGACAAACAUGUUGGUCUAAUUUGUAAAAAUAAUGAUCAGGGAUUGGAACAUGAAUGCUACGAUUAUGAGAUAAAAGUGAAAUGCUGUGAAUGCUCAACACUGUCAACUACAUCAGCUACCACCGCAACAACACCCUGUACCACUACACCUAAAGAAACACUCAUAACUCCUUCAGCAACCCCUUGUCCUGGUGGAGUCAAAAUGUCCUGUGAGUGGUCACAGUGGUUCAACCUUGGUCAUCCCUCAGCGGGGCCCAGUGGUGUGGAGGUUGAGUCCAUCCAGGAUAUCCUCUCUGCUGGAUUCCCCAUUUGUUCAGCUCCAGUGUCGGUGGAGUGCCGAGCAGCUCAAUACCCAUCACUGUCCCUUUCACAGGUGGGACAAGACGUCAUCUGUGACAAACACGUUGGCCUCAUAUGUAAGAAUAAUGAACAGGGGCUGGAGCAGGAGUGUUAUGAUUAUGAGGUUAGAGUUAAGUGCUGUGAAUGUCCAACAACUUGUUCCUGCAUCCACAAUGGAGUUGCCUUUUCUCCAGGUUCAACUGUCUACAACUAUACAGACUAUGAGGGCUACUGUUACAUUGGCUACUGCAACCAGUCGUGUGAUGUUGUGGUCCUACAUUACCAGUGCCUAACAAUGACCACUACCCCCUCUACCAAGGACUGUCUUUAUCUCAAACCACCCAGAAAGGAUGGAGAUGUCUGGAAGAAGAGUGGGUGCCUUAUUGGAACUUGUAGAAAUGGUGAAGUGAUUACAACCCACAUUGAGUGUCCCAUUCCUGAGCCAAUCGUGUGCGCAAACAACUUUGCUCCAGUCAAAGUGUACGACCAUGGUGGCUGCUGCUGGCAUUAUGAGUGUCAAUGUGUCUGUUAUGGCUGGGGCGUCACACACUAUGUGACAUUCGAUGGAACAUUCUACAACUUUCAGGGCGGCUGUUCCUACUGGCUGGUGAAGGAGGUGUUUCCCCGAUACGGCUUUAGUGUGAUGAUCACUAACAAUGAGUGUGCACACUCCCACUUCUCCACCUGCCCUCACUCCAUCACCGUCUUUUACCAUCAAUACACGAUCUACAUGAGCCAGAUAAACCACCAUGGCAUCUUCACCAAUGUGAUUAUGGUGAACGGCAAGACUGUAUACUGCGCACAUCAAACUGCACUGUUCCAGAUCACCACCACAGGCAUCAACACUGUGCUUGUCAUUCCCGGAAUAAAGGUCAAGAUCACCUUCUCCGGGCUCAGCUUCAACAUCAAUCUGCCUUUCAGUCUGUUUGGCGGCAACACUCAGGGACAGUGUGGUAAUUGUGACAAUAACCGCGCUGAUGACUGCACCGUACCCAGCACUCACAUAAAGUCCUCCUGUGUGGCCAUGGCUCAUGAGUGGCACACCAACGACAGCUACUGUCCGCCUCUUGUUAUUCCUACUCCAAAACCUACACCUAUUCACUGUGACUGCUCCGUCUGUGACAUCAUCAAGAGCAAAGUGUUCCAGCAGUGCCACGGUGUGUUGGACUACCAUGCCUUUUUUACCGCCUGCCAGUUGCACGUGUGUACUGCAGAUGACCCUCACGUGGCCUGUCUGAGCAUACAGCAGUACGCCGCUUCCUGUGCUGAGGUCGGAGUGUGCAUCGACUGGAGAAGUGCCACUCAUGGGCUCUGUGAUUACCACUGUCCCAGUCCCAAAGUGUAUGUUGCCUGUGGUCCUCUGGUGGAACACACCUGUGACUCUUGGUUUAAUCUCAAGUUUAUCUACACCUCAAAUGACUUCACACCAAUGCUAUUAAACCAGAGGAUGGAGGGCUGCUACUGUCCUAAUGGUACCACGCUGCUGUCAUCUUUCUCCAACGAGUGUGUGCCCAGCUGUGAAAUCUGCCGACUACCAAAUGGAAAAUGGGCAAAAGCCAAUGCUACAUGGACAGAGGGCUGUGAGCUGUGUCGCUGUGAUGAAGACACUCUUCACGUAGUGUGUCUGCCGAAGCCGUGUCCCCCUCCGCACCCGCUCUUCUGUGAGCACCACGGGCAGGUGCUGGUGACUGACAUUGUGGACUGCUGCCCUAGACACAGAUGUGAGUGUGACAAGUCCCUGUGCACCGAGAAGAUUCCUUUCUGUCCUCCUGGAACGACCUUAAACACAACAGUGGGUGUGUGCUGUGACAAAUACGUCUGUGUGCCUAAAGAAGUGUGUGUAUUCAACAACCACGAGUAUCAGGUUGGAGAGGUGGUCCCAAGAAGCCCCUGCGAGAGGUGUGUUUGCAGCGAGAAGAGGGACCCUAAAAGCUUCUUGCACCUGCUGGACUGCCACCCAUUGCCCUGUGACACGCACUGCUCUCCGGGCUACGAGUACCAGUUGGUCCCCGGGCAGUGCUGCGGGAGGUGUGUCCAGUGCAGCUGCUUUGUCACACUGGCAAAUGUCACCCACACUCUACAGCCUGGAGAGGUGUGGAGCCCGGACGGUAAUCCCUGUGUGAAGUUUGAGUGCGUCCGCAUCGGAAACCAGUUCCUGACCAUGGAGGCCAAGACCGUGUGCCCGCCCUUUGACCCUGAGGACUGCAUCCCGGGAACUGAAACUGUUGCCUCUGAUGGAUGCUGCCGAGUGUGUGUCCCUCAGGCUCACCCAUGCACAGUGUCCACCUCCAGUAUGAUUCUGGAGUUUAAGGGCUGUAAGUCUAGGACGCCUAUCAACAUGACAUCCUGCACCGGGUUCUGUGGAACCUUUACCUAUUACUCUUUAAAGACGCAUUCGCUACAGCACUCCUGCUCGUGCUGCCGUGAAGUGACCACAACCAUAAGAAAGGUGGCGCUGCUCUGUCCAGACUACUCUGUGAUCCCCUACACUUACACCCACAUUGAAGCCUGCGCCUGCCUGAAGACCUUUUGCCCGGUGCUGGGUCACCCAUUGCCCAUCACCAACAACUCCACCAACUUGCGACCUUUCACCCGAGCUCUACGGGGGAAAUAGCAACCUUUUUUUAAAUAAACUCUUUUUUGUGAAAUAAUGCUUCAGAUUGUUUGUUGAAAAUUUACAUAAGCAUUGUAACUGAUUUUACUGUCUUAAAAAACAAAAAUCUAAAAUGCAUUCCUCACUUUUCAUAGAUUACUAGCAUCCUAAUCACUGUGAUGAGUUUAUAAGCACUUUUCUCAACUUUUAGUAGCCAGAGAUAUUACUGUAAUACUAACAACAACUAGCCUGCAAACAGUGUCUCAGCCUUACGUCCUGGUUUGUAGAUGAUAACAAUAUAACAGUUCAUAAUAGAUGCAGAAAACACACAAUGGUCUCAAGAGAUGCUCUUACAAUAUAUCUACUGGAGCAAGACACUUAAUUACAUGAAAA